UUGGUUGUUCUUCAGGUGGUCCAAUCACAGUCGCUGAUCGAUUUUCAGAGUAGAGAUAGCUAAGUUUAUGGCGGAAAGUGUCUGAAAGUUUCUGCGAAUUUUUAAAAAUUAUGAAAAUUGUGUAGAGAGUAGAUUCAUUAAAGCCCAAACUGUAAGCAUGGGAACGGAGGGUGUGUAUGGCACUACAAAGGCUGGGAUCCCAUUGCACCAUCUAGACUACAAGUAUGUGGGGUCUUGUUCAGAUGGGAAGGAGCUUGAGAAAAUCCUCAAGGUGCUGAGGUCAGGAGAGGAGGGUACAUAUCCUGAGCUUAUAGAAUUCACAGAGAAAAGGCUAGAAGAAGUCAUGCCAAAGAGUCGAGCAUUAAGAAAAGAUUUGCCGGCCAAGUCGUACAGAGAUCUUGGAAAGCCUGAGCAAGAGGAACUAGUCAAUGACAUUGAGGAAUGGAUGACUGACAUCAGUCAGUUAGAUUCAAAGCUGAAAACCAAUUCAGAUGCAGAGGCGAUAUCUGACUUUCUCCCUCCUGUGCGGUCAUCAAAAACUAUAGGCUCAACUUCUUCACCAUCACAGGCCACCAACACAUUUGAUAGACCACAAGGCAAACAGAAGGGGCCUGUAGCACCAAGAUCAUACACAGAGUGGGAUAAGUUUGACCCAGACGAGGAAGUUAAGCUGUUGGAGGAGAAAGAAAAACAGCAAGUCAAAGAGAAGAAAGAGAAAGCUCGCAUUAACACAAGGGAAGCCAAGCUACCAACCAAUGUCAAAACACCUGCUAAGACAGAUCAAGAGCUGACGUUCUUGGCAAAUAGGGAGAAAGACAAGGGCAAUGAUGCCUUUCGCUCAGGAGAUUAUAAAGAGUCUUUGGUAUACUACACAAGAAGUAUUGAGCUCAAGCCAACAGCUGCAUCAUAUAACAAUCGGGCAAUGGCAGAAAUCAAGUUGUCGGAAUAUGCCAAGGCGAUUGAAGAUUGCAAUACUGUGAUUUUCCUGGAACCAGACAACCUGAAAGCUUUUCUUAGAAGAGCCAUAGCACAGAAGCAGACUGGUAAGGUCCAGGCAGCAAAGAAAGACCUGAACAAAGUACUGGAGAUCGAGCCUAACAACAAGAGAGCCAAGGAACUUCUUGAGGAGAUCACGAAGGAAAACAGUCAAGGGAAGGUGGCCAAGGAAGCGCAAAGUAAAAGCGAGAGUAAUCCAACCUCUAGGAAACAAGGAGGGGGACAGCGGCUCAAGAUCGUCGAAGUUGAUGAAGAGGAGGACGAUGAGGAGGAAACGGAAGCAGCAGAUGAGGAGAAAAUCAAGACAGUUAAUGGACUAAAUGGCGUAGAAAGGCCUGCUGAGAAACCAAUGACUAAUGGUGUUAUUGAAGGCGCUCUUGCAAAAUCUGGAGCCGAGAAUGGACUGGAGUUCACUAGUCAAAAUAACCGUGCGAAAAAGGAUUUAGGUGCAAAUAUCGCCUCGCUUGAUACCUCAUCUAUUGCAGCACCUUUAAGUGUUAACCAGAAUAACCAAGUUGCAGAGAAACCACCGAUGGAAGUUGCAAGCCAGCCUGCCCCACCCUCCCCUCCCAGGGAUCUACCCAACCUUGCAGUGAGGGCUAAAGAUGAGGGAAUGAGGCUGUAUAAGAUUGGCAGAUACGCAGAGGCUGUGGAGAAGUACUCCCAAGCUAUAGAUGUACUAUGGAAAGAUAAAAGCCACUUUAAGUCUGCUCUAGCGUCUCUGCUGUAUAACCGUGCUUCGUGUCUGGGCAGAAUCGGUGACGCGUCUGGAUGUGUCAAGGACUGUACUUCCUCCUUAAACCUUAUCCCAGACUCACUCAAAGCUCACCUGAAGCGGGCAGAGCAGUUCGAGCACUUAGAAAAGUACAAGGAAGCCCAUUUUGACUACCAAGCUGUUCUGAGAAUUGACCCCGCAAAUCAACAGGCUUUGAGGUCUAACAAUAGAGUCAACAGUCACUUGCUAAGUGUGUACGGUCCCACAUGGAGGACAAAGAUCACCGAAGCCAAGCCAACCAGCGCGACUUCACAAGCCUUACUAGACAAUGAGCCCCAGUCUACACCCGCCUCUGUCUAUCUUUCAUCAGGGCCACAAAAGGUCAAUAAGGUGGAAACGAAACCUGAACCAUUGAAGAAGAGUGUAGCAGAAAGGUUUGGCGAAUGCAAAGAGAGAGGAAACAACUUUGUCAAGCAGGGCAAGCACAAUGAGGCUGUUAGUUGCUACACGGAAUGUAUAUCCAUCAACCCCAACGAAGUCGCCAGUUACACGAACAGGGCUCUCUGCUACCUCAAGCUUGAUAAGAACGAUCUUGCUGAGAAAGAUGCAAACACAGCCCUGGGUUUGCAGCCAGAUAACGUGAAAGCACUUUAUAGACGAGCCUUAGCAAGAAAGGCGCUUGGCAAGUACGACACAGCAGCUAAAGACUUGCUCAGCCUGGUGAAGAUCGACUCUAAGAAUAUGUCUGGCAAAAAGGAACUUGAUACUGUGCUUGAACUAUGUCGAAAGGAGCGUCGUGAAACGCAGAAGAGCCAACCAAAGGGGAAAACCAAUAGUAGGCCACCCGCCAACAAAGAAAAGCCGGCAAGUGGCAAGACCACAGCCGAAGGAAACAAUGUCAGGCGGCGGCGGGUUGUAAUAGACGAAGUCAACAAUGACGAUGAGGACUCCGAGGAGGAGAAUGCCAGCAGCAAGAAGACCCCUUGUCCAGCAUCCAAGAAGGCUCCCCCUAAUAACCAGCAAGCGAAGAAAGGAGGGAAAGACCAGCCAAGCAAACAAGCAGGAAACACCACACCAACUCGAGGAACCAAGCAGAAGAAAAUCCACCUGAAUAAGCCAACCCCGUACGACUUUUUCCAAGCGUGGAACACGGUGAGAAGGAAUGACCUUACAAGUUACGCCGAGAUCCUCAGACAAGUCGAGCCAAAGAUGCUACCGAAGAUCUUAUCCAACAAGCUUGAUGCAGAUAUGUUCAGGAAUAUGAUUGGGGCCAUCUCCACCCAGCUCAUACCCAAUGGCGAAGAGAAGCUCUCGUUUCAGAUCCUUCAAAACGUGUGCCAGGCGCAGCGCUUUGACAUGGCCAUCAUGUUUCUUGGUCGACAGGACAUACAAGAUCUCCAAGACCUUUUUGCCUGGCUGGGAAGCUCACAGAAACUACUCUCAUCUAUCGACUCAAAAACAUUUACUAUUGUGAAAAAUAAAUAUAAUGCCUGAAAGGCAACCAUGGCAAAAAGGAAAUCUGCUUUGCGCGCUUUUGGCGGUUGUGACGCGCACUGAAAUAGUUCGGGGAGAAUGGUAGCGAUCGCAUUUAAAAGGAUUAAUAGUAUGUAUCUUACAAUUUAGUUGUUAUAGUGUCAAUAAAUAAUGCAGUAGCCCA